AUGAAAAGAGGAACUUCGUUAUUGAAAACUUGGAGAAAGACGAAUUUAAAAUGGAUUUUUCCAUUUUAUCGAGCACAGCAUACCGGUACCGUUGUCGGGCCCGAAAAAGAUCGUCGGCUUUUGCCAUAUCAAGAGGUCUCUCCUGGGACCUUGGACUUCGACGAUGCCGUGAAAGCUUGCCAGUCGCAGACGACUUGGGAACUAUUGAGGGCCCUUCUUAUUUUCAAAGUCUGUUCGUUUGAGAAAUUCGUUGAAAAUAAUUACAAGUUGCCAUUCGGGGCAUCAUUGUCAUUGUUUCAAAAUCACAACAUUUUACUACAGAUUUUGUCAUGGAGCCGUUGUCUUAUGGGUAGACCUCUAUUCAACACGAUGAUGCGUCCGACAAUCUAUAAACAAUUUGUGGGAGGCGAUGACAUCACAUCUUUCCAGGCAACCGUUGAUCGUCUGCAAGCGGCAGGAAUGGGGCCGCUCGUCAUGGUGACGCUGGAAGAAGACGUUAAAGACGACGGUCCAGAUGCUGAUCAGCUUUUUGACAGAAAUUUGAAGAUAAUGGUCGACUGUAUAGAAAUGACGUCAAAACUUGGGAGCCAGAAUCCAAUGAUGCAAAUCAAACCGUCUGGAUUGUUCCCUCUCCAUCUCUGUAGAAUGAUUUCGACUGAAGUACCAUACCCCAAUAAGAAACCAGAACUCGUAGAGAAAGUAGCAAAUGCCAUGCACACAUCCAAAGAGAUAACACAGUUGGGAAACCUGUCAUCUAUAGAAAUCACACAAUUGAACAAAGCGUUACAUAGGGUGAAACAGAUUUGCAAGGUUGCUAUGGAGAAACAAGUGAUCAUUAUGGUAGAUGCGGAGUACACGUAUUUGAACCCGUGUCUUAAUUUAUUAGCCCUUGCAAUGAUGCUGAACAGCAAUGGUUCCGCUCCACUUGUAUUUUAUACCUACCAAAAUUACCUCAAGGAAACUCCAGAUAUUCUGUCGAAAGACAUCGCAUUUGUUCAAGCACAUGGGGUAUCCUUUGGUUCCAAACUUGUGCGAGGUGCUUACCUGUACAAAGAAAGGUCGCUGGCAAAGGAGAAAGGCUACCCUGAUCCUGUCUGCGAAACAUUCGAAAAGACAACCGAAAAUUACAAUCGUUCAAUGGACAUUAUGUUGAAUAACAUAGCGAAGUAUCCAGGAAAAUUUAGCACGAUAAUUGCCUCGCACAACGAGGAUACCAUUAUAAGAGGAAUAUCCAAACUGAAUGAACUGGGAAUUCCUCGAAGAGGCACAGAGCAAAAGGUUUUCUUUGGUCAACUCUAUGGAAUGUCUGACUUUAUUUCACAAUCUUUAGGUCAGGCUGGCUAUAUGAUUCACAAGUCCAUUCCUUAUGGCACUAUCGAUGAAGCUCUUCCUUACCUGUCCAGACGAGUCGGUGAAAAUAGUUCCAUAUUUGGUGGUAUCAGACGAGAGCGCAAAAUCAUCCGCCGAGCCCUUGCUGACCGGUUAAAUUUACGCCAACCUCAUGAUAAACAUAAUACAUUUUUACUUAAACUUUUAACUUCAGCAAUGCUAAGUAGGAUUUCGGUGCUUAAAAAUCUCAAAGAAGGGAAUUUAAAGUGGCGUUUUCCUUUUUGUCAAUCUCAACACACAAUUGCAGAUCCUCGAAAGGACCUUGCAUCAGUUCCAGAAAAUACUGCGCAGCAACAACUACUGGAGUUUGAAGAUGCCGUCAAAGCCUGUCAAUCGAAGAAAAACUGGGAACUUUUGAGAGCGCUGCUUAUUUUCAAUGUUUGCUCGGUUGAGAAAUUCGUUAAAAACAAUUACAAGAUUCUCUCAUGGAGUCGUCGACUAAUGGGCCGACCUUUAUUCAACAUGAUGAUGCGCCCAACCUUCUACAGACAAUUUGUCGGAGGCCAUGACCUGGCGUCCCUUCAGACAACUGUAGACUGUCUGCAAGCUGCCGGAAUUGGACCAUUUGUCAUGGUGGCGUUGGAGGAAGACGUGAAAGACGACGGACCAGAUGCUGAUCAAAUAUUUGACAAAAAUCUGAAGAUAAUGCUGGAUUGUUUGGAAAUGACUUCAAAACUUGGGAGCCAGAACCCGAUGAUGCACAUCAAAACGUCCGGAUUGUUCCCUCUCGAUCUUUGCAAAGCGAUUUCAUUGGAAAUUCCACGUCCAAAUGCUCAACAAAAUGUAGUGGAGAAAAUUGCGAACUCGAUGAACACAUCCAAUGAGAUAACAGAGCUGGGUAACUUGAAAUCCGUAGAACUCCAACAAUUGAACAAAGCGUUAUACAGAAUGAAACAGAUUUGUGAGGUUGCUAAGGAGAAAAACGUAAUAGUUAUGGUGGAUGCAGAGUACACUUACCUGAACCCGUGUUUAAAUUUAUUGACUCUGGCCAUGAUGAUGAACAGCAACGGUUCCGCCCCACUUGUGUUUUAUACCUACCAAAAUUACCUCAAGGAAACUCCAAGUAUUCUCGCAAAAGACAUCGCAUUAAUGCAGGCACAUGGUAUAUCCUUUGGUGCUAAACUUGUGCGGGGUGCCUAUUUACACAAAGAAAGGUCGCUGGCAAAAGAGAAAGGCUACCCUGAUCCUGUUUGCGAAACUUUCGAGAAAACGUCAGCAAAUUAUUAUCGUUCUAUGGACAUUAUGUUGGAUAACAUCGCAAAACAUCCUGGAAAAUUCAGCACGAUAAUUGCUUCACACAACGAAGCCACUAUUAAGAGAGCAAUAUCCAGAAUGACAGAUUUAGGAAUAUCACGAAGAAGUAAGGAACAGAAGGUUUUCUUCGGUCAGACUUAUGGAAUGUCCGACUUCAUAUCCCUGUCUUUGGGUCAGACUGGCUAUAUGAUCCAUAAAUCAAUACCUUAUGGUACUGUUGAUGAAGUUCUUCCAUAUUUGUCCAGAAGAGUUAAUGAAAAUAGUUCCAUUUUCGGUGGAAUGAGAAGAGAGCGCAGUAUCAUCCGAAGAGCCCUUGCAGAUCGUGUACUGUCAAAAACUUAAAUUCGUUGAAACCAACUUCGAAGGAAGGGUAGAUCGUUUACUGAUACUAACUUUAAAAUAGUGGUGAUCAAUUAAUUAGCAAUGCCUUUUAUCGUAUUAAUUCAUUUAUUCUUUGAAAAUUAACCUUUGAAUGUUUAUUAACUAUUACUAUGAGUUUGUAUUUUCUUUCUAUACA